CGGCCAUUGACUGAGGCGACGGAACCUGAGGGCAAAAGUUGCGUGUGGUGUUGGUACGAGAGCCAGGAAGGGAAAGAUUGUUUAGUCAAAUAACCUCAUGUGAAUUUGGAGUGCCAAAGAGAACGUUGUAGACUUUGAUACUGAAGGAAAUGAAGAGAAACCUAAAUGAAAAUUCUGCUAGAAGUACAGCAGGCUGUUUGCCUGUACCAUUGUUCAAUCAGAAAAAGAGGAUUAGACAGCCAUUAACUUCCAAUCCACUUAAAAAUGAUCCAGGUAUCAGUACUACUUCUGACAGUUAUGAUUUCCCUCCUCUACCAACAGAUUGGGCCUGGGAAGCAGUGAAUCCAGAGUUGCCUUCUUUAAGGAAAACAGUGAGCACAGGGCAAACAUCACAUUCAGCUUCUCAUCCCUUGAGAAGUCAAGAUUCUGUUUCUAAGCCUAUUCAAUCAAACACUGAAAGGAGCAAGAGUGGUUGGAGCUACAGAGAUGGCAACAAAAAUACCAGCUUCAGAACUUGGGAUAGAAAUGAUUUUAGGACUCAAUGCAAAAGAACAAACCUAGAGGCAAAUGAUGGAAUAAAUUCUUGUCCAGUGAGUUUCGGAGUACAACAACAGAAACAAUUAAGAAUAUGUCAACCUCCUAACUUAUCUCACCAAAGAGAAAGUGAAGUCCUCAGAGAAACACAUUGGUCAAAAAUACCUGGUUCCACAAUGAGAGGCCUAGACAAAAACAGUGCAUCACAGGCAUUUAAGCCCAAUAGCGAACAAAAUCAAUUUAAGAAAAAAAUGUUAGAUGAUAUUCCAGAAGACAACACUCUCAAGGAUGCCUCAUUGUAUCAGUUAAAGUUUAAGGAAAAAAAUAAUUCUUUAAGAAUUAUAUCUGUAGUUAUUGAAAGCAUGAAGUAUUGGCGUGAACAUGCCCCCAAAACUGUACUUCUUUUUGAAAUAUUGGGUGUUCUUGAUUCAGCUGUUACACCUGGACCAUAUCAUUCAAAGAAUUUUCUUAUAAGAGAUGGGAAAAAUACUCUGCCUUGUGUAUUUUAUGAAAUAGAUCGUGAACUUCCAAGACUGAUUAGAGGCCGAGUUCAUAGGUGUGUUGGAAACUAUGACCAGAAAAAGAAUAUUUUCAAAUGUGUCUCUGUCAGACCAGCAGCUGUUUCUGAACAGAAAACUUUUCAAGCGUUUGUCAAAAUUGUAGAUACUGAGAUGAGGUAUUAUACCAAUGUAAUGAAUGAAAUUUAAAUAGUGAUGUUUAAAUAGUAUAACUUAAAGCACUUUUCUGUUAUUGUUUAAAUUACUAUACCCAUGGUUUUAUAGCUGUUGCUUUUCUAUAUUUCACUUGUUGAAUUAAAAUAUUUAAAUCCUUUUAAAUGUG